ACAGGUAUAUCCACAAAUCUUGUGCAAAGUACAAGCAUCCUAUGCACUAACCAAUCUUGUCGAAUCACAUCUCGACUUCUGUCAAGAACACGACUGACUAACAAACCAAAAAGUCUCCAAUCCAACCAUCAACAAAUCUCUUUCGAUCUUGCUUUCAUCUCAAUCAAAACACACAUAUCAUCUCAUAUUUAUCAUCUUCUCCAUUAACCCAAUGCCAAAAUCCCCCACACAAUGAACCCACCAACCCCCCUUUCAUCCUUCUUCACCUUCAUCUUCUUCUUCUUAUUCAUAACCCCAUCAAUCUCAAACCCACCUUCACUUUCUCUCUCUACACCCUCCCUCUCUAGAUCAAACAACUCGGUGAUAGUCACAUGGACCGGAGUCGACUCACCUUCACAACUCGACUGGCUCGGUAUCUACUCACCACCCGACUCAUCUCUCCGUAACUUCAUCGGGUAUUUAUACCUCAACACCUCACCCACCUGGCAAUCCGGGUCGGGUUCUAUUACCAUCCCGUUAAUCAACCUCAGAUCCAAUUACAAGAUCCGAAUCUUCCGAUGGACCGAGUCAGAAAUCGUCCCGACCCGACUCGAUCACGACCACAACCCGUUGCCCCAGCCCAAACAUUUGUUAGCGGAAACGGAAGAAUUCGGAUUCGGGUCAGGUCAUGGGCCGGAUCAGGUGCAUUUGGCGUUGACGGGUGAGAGGGGGGAGAUGCGAGUUAUGUUUGUGAGUGGAAGUGGGGGGGAGAGUGUGGUGAGAUACGGGUUGAGUUCGGGUCAGAUGGACCGGGUGGUUCGGGCUCGGGUCGGGCGGUAUGAGAGGGAGGAUAUGUGUGAUGCUCCGGCGAAUACAAGUAUCGGGUGGAGAGAUCCUGGGUUUAUACAUGAUGGGGUGAUGGUGGGUUUGGAGGGUGGAAAGAGGUACUUUUAUAAGGUGGGAAGUGAUGCAGAGGGUUGGAGCAACACUUACAGCUUCGUUUCACCAGACGAAAGCUCCGGCGAAACAAUAGCGUUUUUAUACGGGGAUAUGGGAACCUCAACACCAUACAACACAUACAUUAGAACACAAGAAGAAAGCAUUUCAACCAUAAACUGGAUCGCGCGUGACAUCGAAGCACUUGGUGAUAAACCGGCUUUAAUCUCUCACAUCGGAGACAUAAGCUAUGCUCGCGGCUACUCAUGGGUAUGGGACCAUUUCUUCAACCAAAUCGAGCCCGUAGCCUCAAAAGUCCCGUACCAUGUCUGCAUCGGGAAUCACGAAUAUGACUGGCCGUUGCAGCCUUGGAAACCUGACUGGGCCAUGUAUAUUUACGCAAAGGACGGAGGUGGCGAAUGUGGUGUACCAUAUAGUUUGAAAUUCAACAUGCCCGGAAACUCGUCCGAGUUGACCGGGUCCCGGGCCCCACCGACUCGAAACCUAUACUACUCGUUUGAUUUUGGUGUUGUUCACUUCGUGUACUUAUCGACGGAAACAAAUUUUCUAAAAGGGAGUAAGCAAUACGAGUUUUUAAAGAAGGAUUUGGAGUCGGUUGACCGGGUCAAAACGCCGUUUGUCGUGGUCCAAGGUCAUAGACCGAUGUACACCACGAGCAAUGAGGUUCGCGACGCUCCGAUUAGAGAAAAAAUGCUCGAGCAUUUAGAACCGUUGUUGGUGGACAAUAAAGUGAACCUGGCCCUGUGGGGCCAUGUUCACAGAUACGAACGUUUUUGUCCGAUAAAUAAUUUCAAGUGUGGUAGUGGGCCGGUGCAUGUGGUGAUCGGUAUGGCUGGUGCGGACUGGCAACCCAUGUGGGAACCGAGAUCUAACCACCAAGACAUGCCGGUCUAUCCACAACCGGCCCGCUCCAUAUACCGAGGCGGUGAGUUUGGGUACACCAAACUCGUCGCUAACAGGGGGAAGCUAACGUUAACGUAUAUCGGAAACCAUGACGGCAAGAUGCAUGACAGCGUUGAGAUACUUGCCACGGGCGAAGUCGUAAAUGGUAAAAUUACUAUUUUAACCACUAAUAAUGAGGGUGGAGUGAGGGAUGAUAUUAAGGGUAAAGAAGGAAAAAGAUCAUAUUUGUGGUAUGUUGAGGUUGGGGGUGUGAUAUUAUUCAGUGUAUUAGUGGGAUUUUUUCUUGGAUUUAUGUCACGUGCAAAGAAGGAAGUUGUUACGAAUAAGGAGUGGAUUCCACUUAAGACAAUAGAAGAGGCAUAAUUCUUUGUUAUUAUAUUUUGUUUUGUUUUGUUUAGUCUGUAUCUAAGUUGCAUAUUUAGGAUCAUAACGUUUUUGUUUUGCGUUGUUGGGCAAAUAGAUUAUUUGUUGUGUAACGUUGGAUAAGAAAAUGUUGCGGUUUUGAGCACUGUUCAUUUAAGUGGGCCGGUUGGACUGUGACUGGUACAUAACUAGUUUGGUUGAGUCCGCUUGAACCGUUUGCAUUUGAACUGGUCGGAUCGGUUGAAAUGGACUUCAAAAUAUUUUAUUUUUUUA